UGACCCUGUCUAGAUGUAGAUUAGAUAUCAUAUCCAUCUCGUCUGACCUAUAUAUGUUUGUGUAUACGAUCUGGGCUCAGUCGGGUGUCCGGCCGAAGUCCAUGAUUGACAGCAUUAUUGACAUCAUAGGGUAGCACGUGUUUACAGUCCAACGGGACGAUUCCGGGCUGUCAUACUAAAGUAGAUUCGAGAAUUGAUUAAACGACAGCAGACUAUAUGGAUCUAAAAAUAAUCCUAAUCACUGCUAUAAUUGUUCUCUAUAAAGUGAGAUUUGCAUACGCCCGGUCGAUCCAGAAGAGGAGCGUGUUCCAGUUGUGUGACCUUAUACAGUUCCAUAGUCAGAUAUCCUGUGUUACUGUCAACGAUUAUGGCUGUUUUUGUGGCUUGGGACAACAUGGACAUCGUCCGCUUGACAAUAUAGAUAGGUGUUGUUACGAACAUGAUAAUUGUUAUGGAAACCUGAGCAGGUGUUACUGGUACAUCCCACAGCUAUUCCACUACUGGUAUUCCUGUGACCACGCAAUGAACACGUGUUCGUGUACAGAUAACUGGCCAUGUCAACACGAUGUUUGUGAAUGCGACCUACAAUUCGCUCGAUGUUUAAAAGACGCUUUUAAUAGUACGGAGUAUAACUUAGCUUACAAGAAUUAUAAGUUAUCACGUUGUGUAUGACAGUAACCAUGGAUACGGAUUUAAAAAUUCGUACUACCUCAAGCCGUGAAGGAGAGAUCUUGGAUACAGACAAAGAUAUUGCAACAAAUUUGAAGCCGUAAACUGCUCUCUUAUUAUCAGACUCAGGAUUCAAAUUGUUCUACAUUUUUGCUUAGAAUUGGGUACAAUUAUAAGUUUGUGACAAGGCGGCGUAUGUCCUCUAUGUAAAACUUGCAGAAUCGAUUUGACGUCAACCAUGCAUAGGUUUGACGUCAUUCAACCAUGUGACGUCAUAAUUGACCUAUAUUUAUUGAGAGUAUCAAAGAAUCGAGAUUUAUGACAAAAAUUAUCGAGCAACAAAACUCUUUACAUUUUGCUACAGGGAUAAUAUAAUAAGAACGGUUGAAAAAUAAUGAA